UGUGUGUGUGUUUGCUCUUGUCUCAGGGUGGCCAAAUGAACUGUUCAGCCUGAGGACCAAAGAUCACAGGCCUUAAUCCAACAGCAAGGGGAGAGAAAGAGCGAGAGAGAGAGGAGCGUGAUCACCGGGCAUCUGUUCUCCAACUUCUCGUUACAAUAUGAGCUGGGAUUGAAGACUUGCCUCGUAGUUUCAUUUUGUGGUGUGAAAAGGGUAAAGUUGAAAUCACCAUGGAUGUGAAGAAAAAAGAAAUGGACCUCCUCAGCAACACCAUAGCUGCAUAUGCACACAUAAAAGCAAACCCAGAGAGCUUCGGCCUUUACUUUGUGCUCGGGGUCUGUUUCGGCCUGGUGCUGACGCUCUGCCUCCUGGUAAUCCGCAUCUCCUGUAAGCCGCGGACCAACGUCGCCCCCUCCACGCCUGAGAAAAAACACUUAAAGGACAUCAGCGAGGAGGAUGAGGAGAGCGAGGACGAUGAAGACGAAGAGGGGGAGGAUGUGGAGGCACCCAUCCCCUUGCCCAGCACAGAAAUCCCCGUUGGUAAUCACACCACCCAGUCAGACGGGACACUGAGCGUGAACGUAUUUACUUCCGCCGAGGAGCUUGAACGCGCGCAGCGGCUGGAGGAGAGGGAACGUAUCAUCCGCGAAAUCUGGAGGAACGGCCAGCCUGAUAUCCUGGGAUCGGGAACAGGGACUAUCGGAAGAGUGCACUACUACUAAGACACACGAGGCUACGAGGGAGACACUGAACUCUGUGAUAGAGAAACUUUUAGGUUGUGUCCCUGAAGCCUCUGAUAGAUAUAAAGAGACUUGUAAAAAAAACAAAAAAAAAAAACAGUGAUGAUGCCACAUUUGAUUUAUUUGGCUCUGACAGAGCUGAACGAUGAGAUAUUGCACUUCUUAUGUAGCAAUUUUAACUGACUACAUGAAAAUAAACCAAGAGAUGUCUUAAAGACUGAUUAAUCCUUAUGUGGUGUGAACCUGGAGCCGAUGGACACUUGAAAUCCACCUGUCUAAUAAAAAUACGGUGCUUAACGAACACAAGGUUUGUGUAUGUAACAACUGACAAGUGAAAGCAUUAAUUAGCACAAUGUACUGUUUGUUGCAAUGACGAUUAUUUGUUUGCAGUGACAACACUUCCCAAGACUGAUGACAUUGUGGGGAAAACUCAAAGCAGGUCUUGAAAUCACCCCAAGGAUUAAAAAGGAAAUUUCAUAUCAAACAGGGGAGUCCGACACACACACAGUAUCAUGUAGAACAGUCAAAAUUGGAGUCCUUAAUUUAUGAGCACAUUCUAUCCAUGUUUUUAUGUUUUCAGGGAUGAUUCCACCAAAGGAAAUGACAGAAUUAAAGUAUUAAGCUGAAAUAACUUACUGCUGUUUCUCUUCAUAAUGGUGAACAAACACUCAGCAGGCUCUCCGUACCCGUGGGCCAUUAGAUUCCUAACCAAGCUUUAAAAAAAUAAAUAAAGAGAGAAAACCUAAUUUUGACAUUAUGAUGAAUGGAAAAGUCAGCGUUUGUUACUUGUUAUUUCUCACUGUAGCCUCAUAUGCGCCUUGAAAGGAUAAAAGGUUAAGUUUUCUAAUAAACGUCUGGGAAAGUCUUGGGACAGUUAAUGUUUUUACAAGCCUGACCGAGUCAGACAUUAGGUUUGGGAAGAUGUUCUGAUAACAGGAUGAUUCAGACAGAAAUUAGCUCACAGCCUCUAAAACCUUCGACUAGAAGAAUGUCUAAAAGUCAGCAGACAGCUCUGUAGCCUGUAUCAAGUGCACCUUUGUGUGAAGGCUUUAACUUUGUGAACACCAGCUGUCACAGCUUGUACGUCAUCUCCUGUAUUUCCUAAAUAAACCUGCCAACUAGAAGUCCGAGCAUGGUAUUAAAGGCUGGUUUUAUUGUUUAAA